AUGACUGUUAACAAGCUCUGUAGACUCACUCACACAGAGCUAAUCCGUGCUGCCUGUACCUGCAUCCCUCCGCUUUCAUCUAACCUACACAAGGGUCAAAGCGGUAGGGUAUGCGUAAUCGGCGGCUGUCCCAGUUACACCGGUGCUCCUUACUUCAGUGCUAACGCUGCAGCUUUAAUGGGUUGCGAUAUGGUUCAUAUAAUUUGCGACAGGAGCGCAGCUGUGCCCAUCAAGAGUUAUUCUCCCAACAUCAUGGUACACCCUUUCCUUGGGGAUAGUACAGUUAUAACGGAGGACAGUCAGGUGAGCCUCAGCGAGAUCAAAUCACUCAUUGAUAGAGUCGACACAGUGGCGGUAGGCCCUGGGUUGGGUCGUGCUCCUGCAAUGCUCUCUGCUGUUCUAGACAUUCUUGGCUACAUUGCCGAGAAGUACCAAGGCCGUUUCCCCGUGGUCCUCGACGCUGACGCCUUGCACCUCAUUGUAAACCCUGAAUAUUCAGACCGUAUGGUCAAAUUACUCCGCAGAUUCCAAUCUGGUAGCGUUAUUAUUACUCCCAAUGUCGUGGAGGCUGGACGCAUAUGCGAGGCUCUCGGACUAUCCAACCCUGACUUAAUAGCCUCCCAUUUACAGUGUGUGACUAUACUAAAGGGGCAAAGAGAUUUGAUAUAUGCUAAUGAAAUGACCCUACCACUUUGUAACGAGACCGUAGGUUCUUUAAAACGCGUAGGUGGCCAGGGCGAUACCCUAACAGGGUGUAUUGCGGCCAUGUUGGCGUAUGCUGCUGCAUCACGGAACAUCCACCACCAUAGUUUUCACCCAUUUCUAACGGACCCAAACACGACAGCCGUCUUAUCAUGUUACAUGGCAAGUACCGUGGUUCGCAUUGCUGCACAGAAGGCCUUUAGCACCCAUGGACGCAGUAUGCAGGCCUCUGACCUAAAUGAUUGUGUCGCUGCCGUUGCUCGAGACAUUCUUCCAAGCUGA